AAGUUGCGUUAUGAAUUUAACAAAGCUAUCAAUAAUUACCUGUAGCCGAAACAGUCUCAUCUAAGUCCAUUUGGUAGCAGGUCUGGAAAUUUCAAUCCGGUUCUGGAUUCACACGAUCUGAUAUUUCCAUUUUUGCAGAGCACUUGGUGCUUGAGAUGGCGUCCCCGAACCAAAAGGGUAUCCCCAGGAAAAAGCCCAACCCUGAGCUUGAUGUGGUUGUCAGGAGCCUGAGGAAGGAGAACGCCUAUCUGAAGAUGUCCCUGGCUGAGCUGUCUCGUCAACAUUCAGAACAUAACAAGCUGUUAGAGAGAUUCUUAUCGCUUGAAAAGGUUAGACUCAAGAGUUCUCAGCAGCUCACGGCCAAACAGGAGAACAUUGCUUUGCCCUCGGAGCAGUUGAGAAAGAAAGAAGGACAUCUGAUGGAUGUAGUGAGUAUGAGAAGAAAAAUAAGUCUAUCCAGUUACUGUGGAGAGACUGAAGAAAUCAAGAACAAGCUAGUGAGUGUUUCAACCAGGUGUCAACAGCUCGAGAACAAAGUUGAACGGAAGAAGUGGGACUCUGCCUCAAGUGAAUGGGACUCAAGAAAAACAGCAACAGAGCUCCAAAAGCAACUCAGUGAUGCCUUGGAGAAGAACAAGCAGUGGCUGGCAUAUGACCAGCAGAGAGAGGCCUGUGUGAGGGAAAUCAAGGCCAGAAUGUUAUGGCUGGAGAAGCAGCUGAAUGAAGCCAAUCAGAGUCGCUCACAGCAGCACAAUGAGGAGCAUUCAGAGGACAAUGAACAAAUACUAACCCAGAUGCAGCAGCACUAUGAAAGACUUCUACAGAAAGCCACAGAGGAGCUGGAUGUGCUCAGGGAGCAGGUCAACAUGAUGCACCAGACCCUGAUAAAAACCCGAAACCAGUGUGAAGACAGAGAAAGUGAAGUGGAAGAGCUCAAGCAGCAGCUACAAAAUGAAAUAAUGAGCAGAAAAAGUCCACAGAAACACCAUCAAUGCUCUGAGGAUGAGGAGCAAUGGAUGACCGCUGAGACUGAAGACCUUCAAUGCAGACUGAAUGAGGAGAAGCGCAAGUUGGCAAACUUUGAGCUGCAGUCUAUUUUAAUGCAGAGGGCAUUUUUGAAUCGUCACCAUGCAGACCAGGAAAAGAUUAAAGAUAUGGAGCGACAGAUAAAGAUUUCUUCACAAGACCUUGAAGAUGAAAAGCAGAAUUGUGCGUAUUUAAAGAAGCAAAUGGUCGGGGUUCUGAAGAGGCUGCAAAAAACUAAAGACCAAAUGAAAAAACAGAGCGACCAGCAGGAUCACACCUCAUGUGAAGCGGCACGCCCCCCCUCCAUGUGCCCCAGAGAUAGCCUCAGACGCUCCUCUUACAGCAGCUUGCUGAAUGAGAGCUGCCUGGAGUGUCCCGGCUGUCGGGCCGAGUAUCCGAGCAGUCAAUACCGAGAACUGAUGGCCCACGUAGAAACCUGUCUUGACUGAGCUCAGACGAGAACUUCAGAUCUGUCUUCUGUUUAGUUUUCUACCUUUACUGUGUAACCGGAGGUACAAGUUAGUUUAAUAAACUACAGUGUUGAGUUGCUGACGUUUUGCUUUUGAGUAUCUGAAGUAUUCCACAAAGCUUUGGUUAGAUUUCAAAUGUUUUCUUGCUUUACCAGAAGAUUGCAUGUGUGCUUUAGACAUUUAAGGUCCCUAAAGGAUACACUUCAGGGACUUUAGUGAAAUAUCUCAACAUAUACUAGGUACAUUAGAAUGUCAUUUUGUACGGACUUUCAUGGUCCCAACAGAAAUGAUCUUACAGGCAUUAUAUCCACAUUUUGACUGAAAUAAACGUUCCUAAAUCUAA